AAAAACCGACCAAAAAGAGGGGGCUUCGUUUUGUGAAUGGUUUGGGAGGAAGAUAAAAGGAGAGUGAAGAGAAGAGAGUAAGAGGAAUUAGGGUUGACUGUUGAGACACGAGAGAAAUGGGACGGAAGAAGAUCGAAUUGAAGCGGAUCGAAGAUAUGUGUAAUCGCCAUGUGACUUUCUGCAAGAGAAGAUCUGGAUUAAUCAAGAAGGCUCGAGAACUCUCUGUUCUCUGCGACGUUGAGGUCGGACUCGUCAUCUUCACCAACCGCGGCCGUCUCUAUGAGUUUUGCAGCGGCGACAGCUUAUUGAAUAUUAUUAAGCGCUACCAAAGCCACUUUGAAGGGAGAAGUGAAAGUCAAAACGAGGUUGAUACAAAGGAGAAUGAAGAAUCUGAUGAGACACUCAUGGUGUCAUUUGGAAAGCUCCUACAAACUAUUCAAAGUCAUGUUGAAGAACCAGAUUUCAAAAAGCUCAAUGUAAAUGAUAUGGUGCACCUGGAGAAUCAACUUGAAGCCUCACUUGACAAAAUCAAAUCUCAAAGAGUUGAGGCAAUGAUGGAAAAUAGCAGUUGGAUAGACAAAAUGGAUAUGGCUAUCGCCAUGGUCGACAGCCAACUUUAAUUAGUGAAGUGCCUCGAACAACAAUGUGGUUGAUAUUGUAGUCCCAAAUAAAAUAAAGAGAAGCUGCACAAUUGUAUGAGUUCCUAACACCCUGCUAAACUGCAAAAGCAAAUCAGCAUACUAUGUGACAUCUGAAUAUACAUAUAAUGGUUCUAGCAUAAUAUCAGGUAAAAUGACCACGCAGCAGCAAACACUUACUUGAUGCCUGCAUAAUUAAAUUUUAUCCAUUAAUGCUUGUAAUUUUCCAUAAAACUUUAUUUAGUGAAAUCUUCUUGGUGUCAGC